AUGGUCAAACAUGGCAUUAUCGGACUGUUAUCUCGUAACGUUCUGCAAUAUUAUAUACACACGCAUCUGCUGCACUCUCCGACCGGCGGUGCACUCUCCGACUUGCAUCAGAGCUGGCACCACAGCAUCAAGAUCCCUUACUCCUUUGCCGCAAACUACGACCACCCCAUCUGCCACCUCCUGCACCGCUUCCUACCUCUAUACCUUCCAGCAAUUGCUCUGCGGAUGCAUAUCCUCACUUACUUGAUCCUGAUCGCUAUCUUCAGUCUAGAAGAGACCUUCGUGUACUCUGGGUACAAUGUCCUACCCUCAACCAUCAUGCUGCGAGGCAUGGCACGACGCGCCGAUGCGCAUAUGAUGAGUGAAGGAGAGGGAAAUUACGGAUGCAUGGGUGUUUUGGACUGGUGCCACGGGACGACAAUUGGCAAGGAUGUCGUUGAGGACCUGAAGGCGGAGAUGGAGAAGCACAACGUCGAGGAGAAGGCGGGGAAAGCUAUAGAUGGCGCGGGGGAAGCGGCGAACGGACUGGCGGGGAAGUUUGGCAGGGCUAGGAAAGGAAGGGGAAAGAAGUAA